AAAAAGUUCAAAUUCUAUCAUAUAAACAUUGUUUAAGGAAAAACGGCAUUCCUUAGCAAAGCUUGCAGAUCAGAGUGACCAGGCUGUGUUGAUGUUCACAUCUGAGGAAUAGACAGACCCAAUGAGAGUGGACUUGGUGAUGACCUGUGCAAGCAAGUGCUAACAGGAACUGGACAAUUAGAACCCUCACCCUUCUGCAAAAGAACAAGUCUGGUAACAUGAACUUACAAAGCAGCAUCUUCUUGCUCUUGUUGUUUCCAAAUUUUGUCUACACAUCUGGCUUUUUUCCUGAAAGACAUCCGAAGCAAUCAAGCGUAAAAGGACCACCACCUUUCUUACCAUUCAAUGCGAAAAGUCAAGUUAUUCCAAGCGGGCCAGAACAAGGGCAACCUGGUCCCCCUGGACCAAUUGGUCCAAGAGGUUUGCCUGGACCACCAGGACCACCAGGAAAACCAGGUUAUGGGACACCUGGUCCACAAGGAGCUCAAGGAGUGCCAGGACCACCAGGAUUCUCUUCCAUUGGAAAACCAGGCCAACCAGGUAUACCUGGAAAGCAUGGAGAACGUGGAGAACAAGGAGAAAAGGGGGACAUUGGACCUAUUGGACUACCUGGACCAAGAGGUCUUCACGGACCACCUGGAUUUCCUGGUCCAGCUGGAAUUUCUGCUUCUGGAAAUCCAGGUCCUCAAGGAGCGGUAGGAAGCCCUGGGCCAAGAGGAGCUCCUGGAUUUAAAGGUGAACCUGGUAUGCCUGGCCUUAAUGGACAUAAGGGGCAAAAUGGUUAUGGAAUUCCAGGUCAACCAGGUGAGAGAGGACCUCCUGGUAUGCCAGGCCCACCUGGGCCUGAAGGUCCUAUUGGAAUAGGCAAACCAGGCAUAAAUGGUUUUCCUGGACAACAUGGAAAAGUAGGUGAAAGAGGUCUACCUGGUGUACCAGGGAUUCAAGGUCUACAAGGGCCCCAAGGACUACCUGGACAGCCUGGACAAACAGGAAUUGGGAAGCCUGGAAUAAAUGGUGCACCUGGUCUCCCAGGGCCUUCUGGACCUAAAGGACAUCCAGGUCUCCCAGGCAUGCCAGGCCCUCAAGGAAUGCAAGGCUAUGGAAAGCCAGGCUUACCAGGAGUGAAGGGGUUAAGAGGACCUGAAGGGCUCCCUGGUAAUCCUGGGAUUAAAGGAGACCAGGGAGAAAUAGGGCAUCCUGGACAACCUGGCACAACAGGUUUGCAAGGAAUUGCAGGUAUGCAUGGACCUAGAGGGGUUCCAGGAGAGGUUGGCUUUCCAGGACCUAAAGGUGACAUUGGUCCUAAAGGUUUUUCAGGAGCACCUGGACCUAAAGGUGAAAGAGGUUUACCUGGUUUAGACGGUAAACCAGGCUAUCCAGGUGAGCCAGGACAUGCUGGCACCAGAGGAAUUCCAGGUACUGCAGGACAAAAAGGAGAGAAGGGCAUUACAGGACCCCCUGGGGUGCCUGGAAUAACUGGUCCAGUAGGCCCUAGAGGAGAAUCUGGUUACAGUGGAGAACAGGGUCCCAGAGGAACUACAGGUAUACCAGGUAUGCGGGGGCCAACAGGACCACCGGGCAUUCCAGGUAUGCCAGGUCAAAAGGGUGAACAAGGUUUCCCUGGUUUACCAGGUCCUGCCGCUAUUGCAACAAAUGGCAUUCAAGGGCCAAUGGGACCACCUGGGAUUCCUGGAUCAAGAGGGAUAAACGGUGAACCAGGAUUACCAGGACCACCAGGACCACCAGGCCAGCCUGGUCAGAUAAUAAUGCCACAUCAAAUACCAGAUGGAUAUGCAAAAUCAGGCCAAGUUCAAGGUCUAAGAGAGCUUCGAGUGUCAGCAUUUACUGCUAUCCUUUCCAAAGCAUUUCCAGCAGUCGGAGUACCCAUAAAAUUUGACAAGAUCUUAUAUAACAGGCAAAAUCACUAUGAUGCCCGAAGUGGAAUUUUUACAUGCAGGAUACCAGGGCUAUAUUAUUUUUCUUAUCAUGUACAUGUAAAAGGUUCAAAUAUUUGGGUGGCAUUAUAUAAAAAUGGUACACCAUUAAUGUAUACCUAUGAUGAAUACAAAAAAGGAUACCUUGACCAAGCAUCUGGUAGUGCUGUCAUCGAUCUUACUGAAAAUGAUCAAGUUUGGCUGCAGUUGCCUAGUGCAGAAUCUAAUGGUCUAUAUUCUUCUGACUACAUGCAUUCCUCUUUCUCAGGUUUCCUAUUUGGCCUCACAUGAUAUGUUAUUAUUGCUCAACUUCAAAUCUGAUGCUUGAAAAAUUGUUAUUUUAAAAAAUUAUUGUUUUGUGUUGUUUUGAAUAUAAUACAGUGCAAGGUAU